UUCCUCUAGGCGGGGGUGUCAUUCUCCAGUGAAUCCGUAGCCUGAAGAGACGGGCGAGGAAGGGAGAGAGGCGCGCUGGGAGCAUGAACCACAAGAGCAAGAAGCGCAUCCGCGAGGCGAAGCGGAGCGCCCGUCCCGAGCUCAAGGACUCCCUCGACUGGACCCGGCAUAACUAUUGCGAGAGCUUCCCGCUUAACCCGGCAGCUUGCAAGGACAAUGUGGAAAGAGCAGAUGCGCUCCAUUUGUCGGUGGAAGAAUUCAUUGAACGUUAUGAGAAGCCUUACAAGCCUGUUGUCCUGUUAAAUGCUCAAGCGGGGUGGCCAGGCCAAGAGAAAUGGACUCUGGAGCGCCUGAAGCGCAAGUACAGGAACCAGAAAUUCAAGUGUGGAGAGGACAAUGACGGUUACUCUGUAAAGAUGAAGAUGAAAUACUACAUUGAAUACAUGGAGACCACACGAGAUGACAGCCCCCUCUAUAUAUUUGACAGCAGCUAUGGGGAGCAUCCUAAGCGCAGGAAACUUCUGGAGGAUUACAAGGUGCCAAAGUUCUUCACAGAUGACUUGUUCAAGUAUGCAGGAGAGAAGAGAAGGCCUCCCUACAGAUGGUUUGUGAUGGGCCCACCUCGAUCAGGAACAGGCAUUCACAUUGACCCUUUGGGAACCAGUGCAUGGAAUGCCUUAGUUCAAGGACACAAGCGCUGGUGCCUUUUCCCUACCAGCACUCCCAGGGAAUUGAUCAAAGUGACUCGUGAAGAAGGCGGGAACCAGCAAGAUGAAGCCAUCACAUGGUUCAGAGUAAUAUAUCCUAGAACUCAGCUUCCCACUUGGCCUUCUGAAUUCAAACCCCUGGAAGUUGUGCAGAAACCAGGAGAAACUGUCUUUGUACCAGGUGGCUGGUGGCAUGUAGUUCUCAAUCUUGACACAACCAUUGCUGUCACUCAGAACUUUGCCAGUUGUACAAACUUCCCUGUGGUGUGGCACAAGACAGUAAGGGGAAGGCCCAAAUUAUCAAGAAAAUGGUACAGAGUCCUAAAACAAGAGCAUCCUGAGCUGGCUUCACUAGCAGAUUCUGUUGACUUACAAGAAUCAACAGGCAUUGCUUCUGACAGUUCCAGUGAUUCAUCUAGCUCUUCCAGUUCCAGUUCCUCAGACUCUGAUUCAGAGUGUGAUUCUAGCUCAGAGACGGAAGGAAUGAUGCAUCGGAGGAAAAAGCGAAGGACGUGCAGCAUGAUGGGGAAUGGUGAUACAACCUCGCACGAUGACUGUGUGAGCAAAGAGCGCAGCUCCUCCAGGAUUAGGGAAUCUUGUGGAAGCCGUGCUCAUCCCUGAAAGAUACCAAGACCCAUCUAAAGGCAGUCGCAACCAGCCAGCUAUCUUCUAUUCUUCCCAUCAGCUAUAGCUUGGAACUUUCUCAAAUCUUCACCACUCCUUUUUAGUUCUUUUAAAUUCAAUUUUCUACCUGCCAUGACCUGUCAUCUAAGUCUGAAUCCUUGCUAACUAAAGGAGAAACCUAGAGAUUUCUAUGUGCUUAAACCUCUCUUUCUGCACUCCAUCAAACAAGUCUGCUAAACAGCAGAAGACAGUGCUGUCCUCUGUAAUGCUAUGCUGUGGCUCACAACUCUGCACAGUCAGAACAGGAAAUUGAGGAUAUCUAUUAACAAAGCUUUCUUAAAAAUAAGCAGGUAGAUCCUGAAAGCCUGUGUCCUGCUCCAGCAUUGUCGUAUGUUUACAAGUUGAAUUCUCAUGCACUACAACUGGAGGUUAAAAUUACAACCCCCAGGGUAUGUAAUUGGCCAGCAGAAUCUUUACUAGAGGACAAGAAGAAAAGAGACUAGCCUGGUUAUAUUCAGCUAAGGUGACUCUUCUACUGUGUAAAUGAUCACCUGUAAGAAGCACCUUUUUGUAGUUCUUCAUUUGUAGAAAACACCAAACCAACCAUGGACUGAUGAGACUCAUGAAAAAUUUAAUGUCUGAACAAGCAGUUCAUCACUAUGAAUACGCGCGCUUUCUGUUUUAACGGAAAACUGCUGGUAUUUUGCCAUCAGUUUAGGAGCUUGCCCUAGAAAAAAAGAGUGGGUAUGGAAGAAGCUGUAGCUGCUUCACUUACCUCAACCUGUGGGAGUUUCUGGAAACGUCAUAUGAAGGUAGAAUGCUUUUUUUAUGAGGAGUGGGUGGAGUCUGAGUAAAUACAAUAUAAAUCCCAUUUUAUGAAGAACUGCUUCUUUGGAGCCCAGAAACUUCUUAACUCUGUCUGCUGUUGUAGUGUGGCAGGUAUUUGAGGUGUGUGUGUGUGUUGUCUUGAAAUAAAAUGUGGUUGUGUGUAUCCAAGGCAGCUGAAUUCUUUCAGGAUACGUUGCUUCUUCAAGGGCAUUUUUGUUGUCAAUGGAGAUUGAUACUAUGUUCUAAGAUGGAUCUUGCAUCUCCAUAUACAACUGUAACUCUGUCCCAACCCUUAAAGUCAACAGCCUAGUGAAAAGGUCCUAUGCCCUGAUCACUUGAGAAAUGAGUUGAGUGAUUAUCUGGACCUGAUUGCAUUUUGAUUUAUGACAUGGAGGGUGUGCUUUUUAGUUCUCUUCUUGUGUUUUACUUCAUUAUGUGAAAUAAGCCAGUUUGAGGCCAGUUACUAGCUGAUAUCCGGCCCUGUAAGAAACAUGCCUAGGAGAUAGCUUAUGACACAUACUUUUCUUCCAUGGUUCCAGUGUGUGCCAAAGUACUACCAUAUCACUAAUGCAGAGAUCCAAAUAUCACUUGCCAGCCUUAACUCCAUGCAUGCAAGAAGCAAUUAUUUUUUCAGUAAAUGGUGAUAAUGUGUAUCCCUAAAUGAUUUCUCUCCCCUAUCCUUGUUCCUAGACUGCUUCUGUGAAAUGGGAUAAUCUUUGCAAAUCAGGUAAUUUUGCAUAAAUUUCCCAUGCACACCCUUGGAUUGCACAACUUGUUUGAAAGCAGUUUAUACAGAACAGGAAGGCAGCCUUAUGCCUUCCAGAUGUUUUGGACUAUAACUCCCAUAAGCACCAGUGAACAAUGUCAAUGGCCAGGAAGUAUGGGAAUUGUAGUUCAACACAUUGGAGGCCACCAUGUUGCCUACCCCUUGCUAUAGAACUUGCCAUCUUCCAAUUUUGUUGGAAUUCAAAACUAUGGAGGCAGAUGAACAGCAACAGGGGAACUCGGGAAAUUUACUAGUACUGAUGUGACUCCACUAGUCCUUGACCUAGAACAUAUAAAGCUGCCUAUUAGACCACUAAUCCAUCUGGCCCAGUAUUGCCUACUUUCAAGGGCAAAGGUCUUUCUCAGUCCUGGUUCUUGAUCUUGUCUUGGAUCCAGGGUUCCUGUGUGUAGAGUUCUGUUCAAGGGACAUUUCCACUAGGGGAAGAGACUAUUUUAGCUGAUUACUUCCUCACCCUGAAAAGCUGUUCUGCAGGGUUGAGGUCCCCUCCAGAACAGUGUGGGAGAUGGUUCUGGGGGGCUGCAAGAGAAAGGGGGGGGGAAACCCAUUGCACCUCUGUCAGUGGGAGUCUCUAAUGGAUCAUCGUCCUUUCUGCAUAGUGGAGGAGCCCUUCUGUUCACAGAAGGAACACUCUGUAUCCAACUCAUCAUGUUGAUUGAUUCUGAGAACUGAACCUGGAAGCUUUUGCAUGCCAAACAUCUGCUCCACCUCUGAGUUAUGGCCCCUUCCCAACUUUGGAAGUUCUGUUUAUAUAGCCUUGUAGCUGAUAAAUAUUCAGCAAAAACUGCUCAUGUACUGUUAAAAAAAAUUUUUUUUUGCAACCAUGAGGUUUAGAAACUUGAUGAUAUUUGUAGUGUUUGUGUUUAAGCAAAGGCUUGGUUCCAAAAGUGAUAUAUUAAAUGCCAUGUUAUGUCCUAGGGAUGCAGAGGACGUCGUCAUCUUUACCUGGAAAUCUAAUGGAUGCAUUUGUAAUACUGGGAUUCUGAUAAGUCAAUUCAAUCACAUGCAUUUAUUUAAAUGGCUUAAUCAGUAAAUUAAUUUGGAAGAGAUGGGGGGUAGGAUUCCUUGGAUGAACUGAGACUGAAGGACCCACUUUUGAGUAGGAUGCACUAGCUGUUCUCGUAUCAAAUCUGACUUUAAGAAUAAUAAUAAUAGAUGGUUAUUUUCUUCCAGUUUUCAUUUUUUUAAAAAACAGUAUUAUUUCAGGGUGAAACCUAUUAUGGCUUUUUAGCAGUAAUAACCACAUGCAACUGAACUGUCAGUGUUCAGCUACAAACAAUGUCAUUACGUCUUUUUAAAUGUAUAACUUCCACAAUAUCGAUGAGAUUUGUUCAUUUAGAGAAGAUAUUUCUCUCUGUUACUGUAAUAGGGAAUAUUUUAUAUUGCAGAUUCCCAAACCAAUGAAAAAUGCACAUUAAACUUGGGCUUUCCUUCUUUAAAAAAAAGUUGUAGAUUUUAUUUACAAGAUUGUAAUUUUUGCACUUAAAAUCUGUGUCCUAACUUGGCUGCUUUCAAAAAAGAGGGCUCUGAAUAGUAAUUAGCCAGCUCCUUUCAGCUGUGCUUGUUCUCAGUUGCCACUUUGAUCAGUCUACCAAAUAUCAAGCAUAUUCCUGUCCUAUUGAGUUGAAGCUAGGCAGCUGUUGUGCUAAAGGAAGAAGGCUUGAUUCUGUUUCGUAUCAAAUCUUCCCUGCCUACAGUUUUCUGAAUAGAAAUAAAGUAAAAUAGAUGGCUGCUUCUACUAAAUGGCUUUAAAGAUCAAAGCAGUUUCCUGCACAUCAGGUAGCUGUGGGCAGGGAAUCAGGAUCGUGGGUUCUCUACUUACCCAGGUUUGCAAGCAGAAAUAAAUAAUUCAGUGCUUGUGGGCUUAGUACUUGCUUCAUCAGGGAGACAACAUCACUGACAUCACAAGAGUUUUGAGGCUG